AUGGCGAACUUUGUUUCUGUCGGGGACAUAUUGCGAGGAAGUAAGUUGGCCUGGGAGCUUUAUAACUUGGGCUGGAAUCAAGACCUCCAAGCAAGCACUCAAUACAACGACUUCGGCAACGAUGUGCGAAAUCUCGGAAGUAACCUUGACGCGAUUCUCGAGGUCGUCCAAAAUGCUUCGCAGCAGACCUCGCGCAACGAGCGGCGGCGGGAUGCAAUCAACUGGGAUUUAUCCUCAAUCAAAGAGAUCAUUGGCGACUACGAAAGGACUUUGCAUGAUACGAGACAGGUGCUGCAUGAAAACAAGCAAUUCAGCCACGGCAGGAAUGCUUUGGUGAACAUUGAAUGGAACAUCAAUGUAAUGCCUAGAGUGAAUCGGCUUCGUGAGCGGAUUAGCUUCCAUAACUCCAAGAUCUCUAUCCUGCUGAAACCGCUCGAGAUAAAGCUGCUGUCCGCUAUACGAGACGACCUUGCAGAUGUACACCAUGAUCUUACGGAACAGAUCGGCGCGCUGCGUCGGGAAUUACGUGGUAUCCUCGUCCCGAAUGUUGACGCAGCAAUCGCUCAGCAAGAAUCCCAAGAAACUAGCAUGCUAGACGUACCACCUGCCAUCACUGCAAAAUUCCGAGAGAAUGCCAGCGUUGGUCAUCCGGACUUCAGUACUUCUGGGAAUAUACCGCUACAAGAUGGAGCAGACGCACUUCUCCGCUUGUUCAAGAGAAGUACUCUUGAAUUUAAGCCUGGCCGUUACGUGCGGGAUAAGGCGCCUUCACCGUUACAGUACCUCAACUUGCUCAAAUGCGUAUGGUUGAUGCAAGAGCUGCGGAGGAGCAGCGAGUUCACCAACAUCAACACAUGCUCACACUGGCCCGGAUACAUCAAACAGCUGGGCGAGGACUUAUCAAAGGAGUGCCAGCGAUUCACGCGCGAAGAACUUAUACAGCCUGCCUUGCAAGAUCUUACUGCGGACGACUUCUGUAUCUGGUUUCAAGAUGAAGUGCCCAGCAUCUUACCUCCGAGUCACGAAACUGUCAUGCUGGAGGAAGUACUCAACAUUCCAUUCCAACCCCCAUCACACCAGACCAUAGGCAAGCUGAGGCUUCUGCGUGCCGAUACGAACCGCUACCAGAUGAUUGAGACAGCUGAGGACCGCAUCGCGAGGAUACCACGCGACGAUGCUCGUAAAAGCUACUUCAGUCUCAACUCCGUGCAGCUCAUCCCUCUAUAUGCUAUCCCUGGAUCGCAGGACGCGCUCACUGUUACGUUGCAGACGGAUACCACCAUCACUACCCUAACCUUCCGAGAUACAAAGCACAUACUCAAGUUACAGCACGUCAUCACGGGCUACAAAGCUUACGAGUACUACGACCAGCCUAAUGUGCAGGUCACGUCAGUCUUCUCGGGAUCAAUAUCUCAGGUGGAAGAUGGCCGGCUCCAGCUUUGGCUGCCAAAGGACGUGCAAGGCCGUAUACAGUCAGCAUCAAUGGUAGACACGUUAUCGGCGUCAUCUAGGCACAGUGCGGUACCGAACAAGUUACGCUCUACCAGUUUAGGCGCUGUCAACGGGCUUUCCUUACAGACGUCUGGCUUGUCGGCCAGCGUCGAUGCCACGAAUCGACUGUAUCUUUACACUCCUCCAAGUGCCAGCGAACCUAAUGCAAGCAACGUGUCAUUCCCUGCUUCUCCGGCAAGUCCAGCGUCAGCUUUACUCAACGUCCCUGGAGGCGGAAGUCCACUCACCGCGACAGCCCGUUCAAUAAACAGUCAAGUUAGUCGUAGCAGCAGAGCGAGCGUCUCCUCAAUCAGCACAGGUCCGGGGACAGGGCUGGUUCAUGAGAAACCACUCAAGCCGAUACUCAUCAUGUAUCUCAAAAGCCAGGACGGAAGAAACAGAUUAUCUUUCUUGACUAUACAGAUAGACGAUAUGACACACAUCAACUGGGAGCGCUGCGAUUGCCGCAAAGGUCGAAACGACUGCCACAUCGCCGCCAUCGAACGCCGGUCCGGCGCCCUACUCGCCCAGCGGUAUGAAUCAGGGCACGACUCUGCUGGCUGGAACGUGGCUGCUAUUGGCAGAUCUCAGCGCAGAGAACUACCCGAGUUCGAGUGCAAGAAUCUGAAGCGUAUCAGCCUCAGGUUCCAAAAUCCGAAGGAGCGUGAAACAUUCGGCGGCAAAAUGUGUAGCUGCAACCCCAAAGUGCAGGCUAAAGAGAAAGACUGCGUACUUAGCCACCAAGGCCUUUUUGGACAAGUUCGGCAGAUCGGCAAGCACCGGCUAGAAGACUACCACAGCGCUCGCCAGGAAAACAGUCGCCAGAGCAUCGUGAUUGGCCAAAUGCUAGACCACGCUGGCGGCUGA